ACCAAAAACAUAGAUGCCUCCCUCUAUAAAAACAGGAGGAACACUGAACAGACAUAUAUAGUAACAAAAAACCUCCCUCCUGCAGUGUCAUCGAGUGUUAGCUAGAUUUAGCCCGGCCGGAGUGAGCAUCAUAUCGAUCGAUCAUGUGGAGGCUCAAAGUGUCGGAGCGCAGCAGCCCAUGGCUUGGGUCAGUGAACAACCUCCUCGGGAGGCAAGAGUGGGUGUUGGAUCCCGACGACCUCGGCACGCCGGAGGAGCGCGCCCAGGUUGACAGGGCACGCCGGGAGUUCGCCGACCACCGAUUCGAACGCAAGCAUUCUAGUGACCUCCUCAUGCGGAUCCAGUACGCUAAAGAAAACCCUCAUAAUCAUCUGGGCGACCUUCCCCCGGCUGUGAAGCUUCAAGAGAAUGACGACGACAUUAUUACGGAGGAAGCCGUGUGGACCUCUGUGAAGCGAGCAGUAAACCGUGUAUGUAAUUUGCAGGCACAUGAUGGACACUGGCCUGCGGAUUACGGAGGACUUCUCUUCCUUAUGCCAGGCUUGAUUAUAACAUUAUAUGUGAGUGGAGUUCUCAACGCUGUUUUAUCAUCGGAACAUCAGAUAGAGAUACUUCGGUACAUCUACAAUCAUCAGAAUGAAGAUGGAGGGUGGGGAUUGCACAUCGAGGGCCACAGCACCAUGCUCAGCUCAGCCUUGAACUAUGUUGCUUUGAGAUUGCUUGGGGAGUGCCCAAAUGGCGGAGAUGGAGCCAUGGAGAAAGGCCGAAACUGGAUACUGGAUCAUGGAGGAGCCAUAUUUAUGGCAGCAUGGGGAAAGUUUUGGCUCUCAGUACUCGGAGUAUAUGAUUGGUCCGGAAAUAACCCGGUACCACCAGAAUUGUGGCUACUACCACAUUACCUGCCGUUUCACCCAGGUCGAGUGGUUUGCUAUUGCCGAAUGGUGUAUAUGCCCAUGUCUUACAUUUAUGGAAGGAGGUUCGUUGGCCCCAUAACACCACUAGUACUGGAAUUAAGAAAAGAGCUGUACACAGACGCCUACGAUGAGAUUGACUGGAACAAAGCUCGUACUGAAUGUGCUAAGGAAGAUAUGUACAAACCACAUUCAUUGGUUCUGGAUAUCUCAAUGACCAUUCUCCACAAGUUUGAACAAAUUAUGUUCCAUUGGCCUUGGAGAAAACUGAGGAACAAGGCUCUGGCAUUUACCAUGAGGCACGUUCACUAUGAGGAUGAGAGCACUCACUACAUCAACCUUGGUGGUGUACCCAAGGUAUUAAAUAUGCUUGCUCGCUGGAUUGAAGAUCCUAACUCAGAAGCAUUCAAAUGCCAUAUUGCACGAGUAUAUGAUUUCUUGUGGAUUGCCGAAGAUGGCAUGAAGAUGCAGAUAUAUGACGGAAGCCAGUUGUGGGACGCAACUUUCACGGUUGAGGUCCUUUUGGCCACCGGCCUUGUCAAAGAGCUUGGACCAACUCUUAAACGAGCACAUUCCUUUAUUAAGAAUUCUCAGUUGCUUGAAAAUUGCCUGGGAGAUUUGAACUACUGGCAUCGCCAUAUUAGCAAAGGUGGAUGGACGUUUAGUACAGCAGAUGAUGGUUGGCAAGUUUCAGAUUGCUCUGCAAAUGGACUAAAGGUGUGUCUAUUGUUGUCAACGAUCUCUCCUGAAAUUGUUGGUGAACCACUGGAAAUCGAGAGACAGUUUGAUGCUGUUAAUUGUUUGAUGUCUUUGAUGAAUAAUGAUGGUGGCUUUUCAGCAUUUGAACCCACAAGGUCUUCACCAUGGCUCGAGCAUAUCAAUCCUUCUGAGGCAUUUGGACGCACAAUGAUAGAUUACCCGUAUGUCGAAUGUACAUCAUCAGCAAUUCAGUGUCUAGCACUUUUUAGAAAACUUAACCCUGGGCACCGCAAGGAAGAGGUGGAAAAUUGUAUCAACAAAGGGGCUGAUUUCAUUGAGAAUAUUCAAAGAACAGAUGGUUCAUGGUACGGCUCUUGGGGAGUUUGUUUUACCUAUGCCACAUGGUUUGGGGUGAGUGGACUAGUUUGUGCUGGCAGGACAUUUGAGAAUAGUACUGCAAUCAGAAAGGCAUGUGAUUUUCUAUUGUCAAAAGAGCUUCCUUGUGGUGGCUGGGGAGAGAGCUGGUUGUCAUCUCAUAAUGAGGUUUACACAAAUCUUAGAGGUAAUCGACAUCAUGGUACGCACACUGCAUGGGCCUUGCUGGCACUAAUUGAGGCUGGACAGGCUGAAAGAGAUCCAAUGCCUCUGCAUCGGGCAGCAAAGACUUUACUCAACUUACAGUUAGAAGACGGUGAAUUCCCACAGCAAGAGAUCAUUGGAGUUUUCAUGCAAACUGCCAUGGCUAGCUACUCCCAAUACAGGAAUAUCUUCCCUAUAUGGGCUCUCACAGAGUACCGCCGUCGGGUGUUGCUUGCGGGCAAGAAAUCGGAAUGAGUUAAAGCGCUUGGCGUUUGUUCUACUUGCAAAAAGAUACAUAACUCCUUAAACUUGUUUUCACAGAAAAAUCACGAGGAUCUCUAUGUGCAUAGAAAUAAUAUAUGCGUGGACGUGCAAGUGUACUAAAAUACACAAAAUCAAUAAAGAAGGUAACACAAGUUUA